GAUACUUAUUUUUUCUCACAAAAUUUUCAAGACUUAGCGUAAAAAAGGGGUCUAGAAUUGGCUGAUACUGAAUGAAAUUGAAAUUAUUAAUUAUGUAUCAAAUAUAUACCGUACUUUGAUAACUUAUUGUUCUCUCAAAAGAAAAUGUGUCCCAGAGCGUAGUUUUCAUGACAUUUUUAUUCACGUUUGCGUCCCGAUUGAGCCAUAUGAUUACAGUACACGGAAACUAUAUAUCUAUUCAUCUAUCGAUCGAUCUAAUGUUUGUAAUUUACCAUUUGCCCCCGUAAAAAUAUUUUUGUAAUAUUUAUUUUGAUUGCUACAUUUGUAGUAUAAAAGUUAGCUUCUAUCGGGUGCCACCUGGCGGCUGUUGGUAUGUAUUCGCGACAUGCCACGUGGCUGGAGUCAACACAAGGGCGGAUGUAACUGUGGUGGAGUUUGGCAGUAGGGCGGGGAGAGAGCAGCUGGCAAUUUAGGAACAACGUGAAGCCGAAUAACACUUGAGGGUGCUCUUCUUUCUCGUCAGGUGCUGCGGCCGUCGCUCGUACAAAUGCUAACCGAAGGGAUUUUGGAGGACGAUUUUGACAAAAACGGAGAUGCGUGGUGCGCUCAAAGGGACCUCGAGCAUGAUCUCCAUUUGGCAGCCAAGCUCGGCAAAACACUCCUGGACCGCAACCGCGAGCUGGAGCAGGCACUGCAGCAGAUGUACUCCACCAACCAAGAGCAGCUGCUGGAAAUAGAGUAUUUGGCCAAGCAAGUGGAGCUGCUGCGUCACAUGAACGACCAGCAUGCCAAAGUUUAUGAGCAGCUGGACCUGUCCACCAAGGAGCUGGAGCGGGGCAACAAGAGGCUAGUGCAGGACGACCGCCUGGCCCAGAACAAGAUCAGCAGUCUGAACGAAUCCAUCGAUGGGCUUCAAACGCACAUGGAGGGUCUGCAGAAGCAGGUGGAGGCGCUCACGUCUGCCCAGUCGGAGCGGAACAAACAAGAGCAGCGGCGCCACCUCGGCGCACAGAGUGUUUCCUGUCUUAAGGGGCUCUAUGACUUGCACCAAGACAGGCGACAAAUAGAGGGACCGCUGUCGCCGCAGGGAUCCGUGUAUGACCGAAACCGACGCCAAGACCCAGAAGAAGAACACGAGAUCCUCCUCCGCUCAGUCCAAACUCUCCAGGCUCAGCUGGGAGCGGAAAAGAUACGUCGUGAGGCUGCGGAACGCGAGCUCGAGCUCACGGCCAAUGACAAGGAAGGCCUGGAGCAGCGGCUCCACCUGUUGGUGGGUUGCAGGACCAGGCAGAUGGAGCUGCAGGCCCAAGUGGAGCAACUGAGACUCGUGUGGCGCGCCGACUGCACGGCCAGCAGGAAGCCAGACCAACUACUUCUUCCUGACUCGGUGUUCUACACUUCAGACGAUAAACCUGAAGCGGAUCUAGGUGAGUCUGAUGAGACGGGCGAGGAGAAGGACCGUCAGCAGCAGAGAUCUAACAGCACAGCAAGCGCACCGGACGAUCACGACAAGAUGUGUGUAAGGCGAGCGGAGGUGGUGAAGCAGAGGGGCAUCUUGCUGCUCAACGAGGUGGACGCGCAGUACAAUGCGCUGCAGGUGAAAUAUGACCAGCUGCUACAGCAGUGUCAGCAGGCAACCGCGGGGCUCACUCACAAGUCCGUCCAGACAUCCUGCAGUCCGUCCACGAGCGUCAGCCCUCGCUGCCGCCUCUCUGGCAUGGCGAGACAACCCUCGCUGGUGUCCGAGGAGCCAGAGUACAAAGUCCUCUUUAAGGAGAUUUUCACCCGCAUCCAGAAGACCAAAGAAGACCUGCACGAGAACAAACUUGUCAGCGACGCAUCCACCAUGUGAUUGUAUCAGUCCUCGUCCUAGAAUGUUGUGCACUUUAUGUGCUUUCUCUUUGAAACUACCCUGGUGCUUAAUGCUCAUUGAACAUUGUGCCAAGUUUCUAUUCAAAUGCUACUAUGCUUUAGUCAGCACUGAUCCUUUUGUUUUUUCUUUUUUUUUCCCUCAACUACUUGAAUUAUGGACAGUGUUUAAAGAAAAAAAAAGGCAUUUUUGAACCUUCUUCCAAUCAAGUUCUCCAAAGGCCAUAUAUUGUGUGUGUGUGUGUGUGUGUAUAAUAUAUAUAUUAUUACAUACAAUAAGGAUUUGUUAUAGUUUAUAAGUUGUGGUGCUUGUUAUAACAGUUCCACUGCAGUUUUAUUUGAUUUUACGUCCCCACACCGGAUUUAGUCAUCAAAGGUAUUUCAAUGCGUAGCUGCUAAUCCGCAGGCAUUGCGAUCAUGCAUAACGGUUUAAAGCUGUGAUGUGUGACUUACAUGUCAAGAAAUGUUGGAAUGUUAUAAUAGGAUGAAAAAGUAGUUAGGCUGAUUGUGAUAAUUAUCUCAUUGUCAUGCUUUUUUUUUGUAAGAAUGAAAUACUUUGGAACAAGAACACAGCGCUUAGCACUUUUGUUAUUUAUUUUUGACUAAUCCUGAAUUUAUUUAUGAUUUUGUUGUUAGCUUGGAGAGUUGAAUUGAAAUGCUAACAUUUCUGAUUGAAAACAUCCCAGAUGUAAAUAAAAAGAAAACUUGAUCACUC